AUGUGCCCGGAGGAGGGCGGCGCGGCCGGGCUGGGCGAGCUCCGCUCCUGGUGGGAAGUCCCGGCCAUCGCGCACUUCUGCUCGCUCUUUCGCACCGCGUUCCGCCUGCCCGACUUUGAGAUCGAGGAGUUAGAAGCAGCUCUUCACAGAGAUGAUGUAGAGUUUAUCAGUGACCUGAUCGCCUGCCUGCUUCAGGGCUGCUAUCAACGAAGGGAUAUCACGCCUCAGACAUUCCACAGCUACCUAGAGGACAUUAUCAACUACCGCUGGGAGCUUGAAGAAGGGAAGCCUAACCCUUUGAGAGAAGCCAGUUUCCAAGACCUGCCCCUUCGUACUCGUGUGGAAAUCCUGCACCGCCUCUGUGAUUAUCGGCUAGAUGCAGAUGAUGUCUUCGAUCUUCUCAAGGGUUUGGAUGCAGACAGUCUCCGUGUGGAACCAUUGGGUGAAGACAAUUCAGGGGCACUCUAUUGGUAUUUCUAUGGAACACGAAUGUAUAAGGAGGACCCGGUGCAAGGAAAAUCCAAUGGAGAACUCUUGUUGAGCAGGGAAAGUGAAGGACAAAAAAAUGUCUCUGCUGUUCCUGGGAAAACAGGAAAAAGAAGAGGAAGACCCCCAAAACGGAAGAAACUACAGGAGGAAAUUUUAGUGAAUGAAAAACAAGAAGAAAACUCCUUGGCAUCUGAACCACAGACAAGAAAUGGGUCCCAAGGGCCAGGUCAAGGCACUUGGUGGCUCCUGUGCCAAACAGAAGAAGAAUGGAGACAGGUCACUGAGAGUUUUCGGGAGAGGACCUCCCUUCGAGAACGGCAGCUCUAUAAGCUCCUCAGUGAGGACUUCCUGCCUGAGAUCUGCAAUAUGAUUGCCCAGAAGGGAAAGCGUCCACAGCGCACAAAGGCAGAGUUGCAACCUAGGUGGAUGUCUCACCACCUGUCCGUCAAAUCCAUCAAGAGAGAGGAGACCCCUGUGCUUAGCAGAAUAGAAAAACAGAAGCGCAAAGAGGAGGAAGAAGAACGUCAAAUUCUUCUCGCAGUGCAGAAGAAGGAGCAGGAGCAGAUGUUAAAGGAAGAGAGAAAACGAGAGCUGGAGGAAAAGGUCAAGGCCGUAGAAGAUCGAGCAAAGAGGAGAAAGCUCAGGGAAGAAAGGGCAUGGCUGCUGGCCCAAGGGAAGGAGCUCCCCCCAGAACUUUCCCAUCUGGACCCUAGUUCUCCCAUGAGAGAAGAAAAAAAGACUAAAGACCUCUUUGAGUUGGAUGAUGAUUUCACUGCCAUGUAUAAAGUUCUAGAUGUGGUAAAGGCUCACAAGGAUUCCUGGCCUUUUUUAGAACCUGUGGAUGAAUCAUAUGCCCCAAACUAUUACCAGAUUAUUAAGGUCCCCAUGGAUAUCUCAAGCAUGGAGAAGAAACUGAACGGAGGUUUAUACUGUACCAAGGAGGAAUUUGUAAAUGACAUGAAGACUAUGUUCAGGAAUUGUCGAAAAUAUAAUGGGGAAAGUAGUGAAUAUACCAAGAUGUCUGAUAAUUUAGAGAGAUGUUUUCAUCGGGCAAUGAUGAAGCAUUUUCCUGGUGAAGAUGGAGACACAGAUGAAGAAUUUUGGAUCAGAGAGGAUGAAAAGCGGGAGAAGAGGCGGAGCCGGGCUGGACGAAGCGGUGGAAGCAAUGUUUGGACCCGCUCCAGGGACUCUGAAGGGCCCAGCAAGAAACAGCAGCCAGUGGAGAAUGGAGGAAAGUCCUUGCCGCCUGCCCGCAGAACUUCCUCUUCUGGGGAUAAUCAAAGCAGCAGUUCCACACAACUCCCUCGGGAGGUGGGCACCUCAAAUGGCCGAGGCUUUUCUCGUCCCCUACAUUAUGGUGGGAUGCCUAACCAGGCACCCCUUUUAAACCAGAUGAGGCCAGCAGUACCAGGAACAUUUGGCCCUCUUCGAGGAUCAGAUCCUGCCAAUUUAUAUGUCUCCUCUAGGGUCCCAGAACCACACCCUGGAGAACCUAUGCAGCAGCAUCAGCCUUUUGCCGUGCAGCCUCCAGUUGGAAUUAACAACCACCGAGGACCCAGGCUAGGCACUCCAGAAGAGAAGCAAGUGUGUGGGGGGCUGACACACCUCAGUAAUGUGGGAUCACAUUCUGGAUCCUUGCAGCUUAGACAGAUGGGUGGCACUAGUCAGGAUGGAAAUAUUUAUCCCCCGACUCAAUUCCAGUCAGGAUUUAUUCCUCCCAGGCAUGGUGGGGCUCCAGCCCGACCCCCAGACUUCCCUGAAAGCUCAGAAAUUCCUCCCAGCCACAUGUACCGAUCGUACAAGUACCUGAAUCGAGUACACACCGCUGUCUGGAAUGGAAACCAUGGUGCUACAAACACAGGACCCUUGGGCACAGAUGAGAAGCCCCCCAUGGGGCCAGGACCCUCUCACCAGCCUCGAGCUCUUGGUCAUAUGAUGGAUUCCCGAGUGAUGAGACCUGCUCUUCCCCCAAACCAGUGGACUGAACAAUCAAGUUUUCUACCUCAUGGAGUUGCUUCUUCAGGGUAUAUGCGACCACCCUGUAAAUCUGGUGGACAUCGGUUACAGCCACCUCCAGCCCCAACACCAAGUUCUCUUUUUGGAGCACCCUCCCAUGCUCUGCGGGGGGUGCAAGGAGGGGACUCCAUGAUGGACAGCCCAGAGAUGAUUGCCAUGCAGCAGCUCUCUUCCCGAGUUUGCCCACCAGGUGUGCCUUACCACCCCCGACAGCCUACACCCCCCCAUUUAUCUGGCCCUUUUUCACAGGUAGCUCACUCGACAUCAGUAAGUUUGUCAGCCCCCAAGCCUACCUUGGGGAACCCUGGGAGGACACAGGAUAGCAGUGAAACACAAGAGCCUGAGAAUGACCGAGCAGAUCCCUUGCCUGGGCUUGAGGAGAAACCACCAAACAUGGGUGCUUCAGAGGGGGUGUACCUCAAACAGCUACCUCACCCUACACCUCCCUUGCAGACCGACUGUACCAGGCAGAGCUCACCACAAGAAAGGGAAACAGAGGGCCCAGAGCUCAAAAGCGACUCCUCAGAAUCUGGCGACAACUGGAAGGCAACAAAGAGCAAGAACACAUGGCCCACGGAGAGUGGCUCUACCAGCCCAGCCUCCCAGGGGUGUAUGCGAGACCUCUCCACUCUGGCAGAGAGAGGGGCUCUCCCCGAAAACGGACUGAUUAUUGAAGCAUCCCCUUGUGGCUCAGAAGGGAAAGGCCUUGGUGGUAGUGGUUCAGAAAAGCCACUCUGCCCCAGAGGCAAAACGCUACCGGAAACCAUGCCAUGUACAAGGCAGAACCCAGCCACGCCUCCCAACACAGACCCCAAUCUGAUGGGAGGCGCUGUAAGCCAGUUUUCCCCCUUGUACAUGUCUGGCCUGGAAUACCCAAAUUCAGCUACACAUUACCACAUCAGUCCAGGCCUGCAAGGUUUGGGCCCUGUGAUGGGAAGUAAACCCUCAGUGUCCCAUCCUCAGCAUUUCCCCCCUAGGGGCUUUCAGUCUAACAACCCUCAUUCUGGAGUCUUUCCCCGGUAUCGCCCCCCCCAAGGAAUGAGGUAUUCCUACCAGUCACCACCUCAGCCUUCCUACCAUCACUAUCAGCGAACUCCUUAUUAUCCAUGUCCACAGGGCUUUUCUGACUGGCAGAGACAUCUUCAUCCCCCAGGAAGUCCAAGUGGGCUCCCACCUAAUCCAGCCCCCCCACCAAGGCCCCUCUUCUCAGAUAAGAGCACCUUGGCUAAUCUGCAAGGCUGUGAGACACUGAAUGCUGCCUUAACUUCCCCAACCCAAAUGGAUGCGGUGGCUGCUAAAGUAGUCUCAACUGAUGGGCAGAAUCCUGGUCCAGAGGAAGACAAGCUGGAUGAAUCUAUGGAGAGGCCAGAGAGUCCCAAAGAGUUUUUAGACCUGGACAACCAUAAUGCAGCUACCAAGCGGCAGAGCUCAUUGUCAGCAAGCGAGUAUCUUUAUGGAACUCCUCCUCCACCUCUGAGUUCAGGGAUGGGAUUUGGUUCAUCAACUUUCCAGCCUCAUGGCAUGAUGCUACAGACGGGGCCUCCUUACACACCUCAGAGGCCCGCCAGUCAUUUCCAGCCCAGGGCUUAUUCUUCCCCCGUGACUGCUCACCCGCCUCACCAUCCAGUGGCUGCCCAGCCCAACGGCCUCUCUCAGGAAGGCCCCAUCUAUCGCUGCCAAGAAGAGGGCCUGGGUCACUUUCAAGCUGUAAUGAUGGAACAAAUUGGCACUGGAAGUGGAAUAAGGGGACCUUUCCAGGAAAUGUACAGACCAUCAGGAAUGCAAAUGCAUCCAGGCCAGUCACAGUCCUCGUUCCCAAAGACCCCAGCACCAGCAGCGUCCCAGGAAGAGCUACCACCACAUAAGCCCCCCACACUUCCUCUCGAUCAGAGCUAGUCCAAGGAGGAAAUAAACCCCAAGGAAACAGAAAGCUGCACAUGAAGACUGGAACAUGGAGAAUUUAGGGAAAUGAUCCCUGCCCAUCUCUAUUCCUGUUACCCUGCCACACCCCUUCACAGGGCAUCCCAUCUCGCCGUCCAAGAGCUGGAGCCUUUCCUGGAGCCUUAGAAGCAUACUCCUUAGACUAACACCAGCUUGUAAAGGUCCUUGGUUGGGGAAUCUCUCGUAUGGCUGAUGGUCAAGAACAAAUGAACUGAAAUUAAUGAUGGCUGUUCUAAGUCCUGAGACUCUCGUUCAGGGAAAAUCAUCUUAAACUUGGGGGAGGGGGUCACACUUAAGAAUGGAGUGGUGCUUCUGAACUUUCAUGAGCAGCUAAACUCAGGUAUAUAUUUGGGGAAGGGAC